AGUCGGUAUUGUCCGCUGAUUCCCGGCGUCUUUCGGCUUCCCUCGGUAGUUUCCGGCAAUGAUCGAGAGUUUCUAACGUGCCCCCUUGUUGUCUCUCGGCUGCCGUCCUCCCUUACCGCCCCCCUCCCCGCCUUUUCGGCUCCGUCUCCCCCUUCCCUCCACCACCCGGCAAGCCUGGUCCUGCUGGCGCCUCUGGCGCUACGGGCUGGGCAAGAUGGCGGCUUUCGGGAUCUUGAGCUACGAACACCGGCCCCUGAAGCGGCCGCGGCUGGGGCCUCCCGAUGUAUACCCUCAAGAUCCCAAACAGAAGGAGGAUGAACUGACCGCCUUGAAUGUAAAACAAGGUUUCAAUAACCAGCCUGCUGUCUCUGGGGAUGAACAUGGCAGUGCCAAGAACGUCAACUUCAAUCCUGCCAAGAUCAGUUCCAACUUCAGCAGCAUUAUUGCAGAGAAGUUACGUUGUAACACCCUUCCUGACACUGGUCGCAGGAAGCCCCAAGUGAACCAGAAGGACAACUUCUGGCUGGUGACUCCACGAUCCCAGAGUGCCAUUAACACCUGGUUCACUGACCUGGCUGGCACCAAGCCACUCACACAACUAGCUAAAAAGGUCCCCAUUUUCAGUAAGAAGGAAGAAGUGUUUGGGUACCUAGCCAAAUACACAGUGCCUGUGAUGCGGGCUGCCUGGCUCAUUAAGAUGACCUGUGCCUACUAUGCAGCAAUGUCUGAGACCAAGGUUAAGAAGAGACAUGUUGACCCCUUCACGGAAUGGACUCAGAUCACCACCAAGUACUUAUGGGAGCAGCUACAGAAAAUGGCUGAAUACUACCGGCCAGGGACUGCAGGAAGUGGGGGCUGUGGUUCCACAAUAGGGCCCUUGCCCCAUGAUGUAGAGGUGGCAAUUCGGCAGUGGGAUUACAAUGAGAAGCUGGCCAUGUUCAUGUUUCAGGAUGGAAUGCUGGACAGACAUGAGUUCCUGACCUGGGUGCUUGAGUGUUUUGAGAAAAUCCGCCCUGGAGAGGAUGAAUUGCUUAAACUGCUGCUGCCUUUACUGCUUCGAUACUCUGGGGAAUUUGUUCAGUCUGCUUACCUCUCCCGCCGCCUUGCCUACUUCUGUACCCGGAGACUGGCCCUGCAGCUGGAUGGCGUGAGCAGCCACUCAUCUCAUGUUAUGUCUGCUCAGUCAACAAGCACACUGCCUACCACCCCUGCUCCUCAGCCCCCAACUAGCAACACACCCUCAACUCCCUUUAGUGACCUGCUUAUGUGCCCUCAGCACCGGCCCCUGGUUUUUGGCCUGAGCUGUAUUCUACAGACCAUCCUCCUGUGUUGUCCUAGUGCCCUGGUUUGGCACUACUCACUGACUGAUAGCCGGAUUAAGACUGGCUCACCACUUGACCACCUGCCUAUUGCCCCCUCUAACCUGCCCAUGCCAGAGGGGAACAGUGCCUUCACUCAGCAGGUCCGUGCAAAGUUACGGGAGAUUGAGCAGCAGAUCAAGGAGCGAGGACAGGCAGUUGAGGUUCGCUGGUCUUUUGACAAGUGUCAGGAAGCUACUGCAGGCUUCACCAUUGGACGGGUGCUCCAUACUUUGGAAGUGCUGGAUAGCCAUAGUUUUGAGCGCUCUGACUUUAGCAACUCUCUUGACUCCCUUUGUAACCGAAUCUUUGGAUUGGGACCUAGCAAGGAUGGGCAUGAGAUCUCUUCAGAUGAUGAUGCUGUGGUAUCAUUACUAUGUGAAUGGGCUGUCAGCUGCAAGCGUUCUGGCCGGCAUCGUGCUAUGGUGGUAGCCAAGCUCCUGGAGAAGAGACAGGCAGAGAUUGAGGCUGAGCGUUGUGGAGAAUCAGAAGCAGCAGAUGAGAAAGGUUCUAUCGCCUCUGGCUCUCUUUCUGCUCCUAGUGCUCCCAUUUUCCAAGAUGUUCUCCUGCAGUUUCUGGAUACACAGGCUCCCAUGCUGACGGACCCCCGAAGUGAGAGUGAGCGUGUGGAAUUCUUUAACUUGGUACUGCUGUUCUGUGAACUGAUCCGACAUGAUGUUUUCUCCCACAACAUGUAUACUUGCACUCUCAUAUCCCGAGGGGACCUUGCCUUUGGCGCUCCUGGUCCCCGGCCUCCCUCUCCCUUUGAUGAUCCUGCUGAUGACCCAGAGCGCAAGGAAGCUGAAGGCAGCAGCAGUAGCAAGCUGGAGGAUCCAGGACUCUCAGAAUCUAUGGACAUUGACCCAAGUUCCAGUGUGCUCUUUGAGGACAUGGAGAAGCCUGAUUUCUCAUUGUUUUCCCCUACUAUGCCCUGUGAGGGGAAGGGCAGUCCAUCCCCUGAGAAACCAGAUGUUGAGAAGGAAGUGAAGCCUCCACCCAAGGAGAAGAUUGAAGGAACACUUGGGGUUCUUUAUGACCAGCCACGACAUGUGCAGUAUGCUACACACUUUCCCAUCCCCCAGGAGGAGUCAUGCAGCCAUGAGUGCAACCAGCGGUUGGUCGUACUGUUUGGGGUGGGAAAGCAGCGAGAUGAUGCCCGCCAUGCCAUCAAGAAGAUUACCAAGGAUAUCCUGAAGGUUCUGAACCGCAAGGGAACAGCAGAAACCGACCAGCUUGCUCCUAUUGUGCCUCUGAAUCCUGGAGACCUGACAUUCUUAGGUGGGGAGGAUGGGCAGAAGCGGAGGCGCAGCCGGCCUGAAGCCUUCCCCACUGCUGAAGAUAUCUUUGCUAAGUUCCAGCACCUUUCACAUUAUGACCAACACCAGGUCACAGCUCAGGUCUCCCGGAAUGUUCUGGAGCAGAUCACAAGCUUUGCCCUUGGCAUGUCAUACCACUUGCCUCUGGUGCAGCAUGUGCAGUUCAUCUUCGACCUCAUGGAAUAUUCACUCAGCAUCAGUGGCCUCAUCGACUUUGCCAUUCAGCUACUGAAUGAACUGAGCGUAGUUGAGGCGGAGCUGCUUCUCAAAUCCUCAGAUCUGGUGGGCAGCUAUACUACCAGCCUGUGUCUGUGCAUCGUAGCUGUCCUGAGGCACUAUCAUGCCUGCCUCAUUCUCAACCAGGACCAGAUGGCACAGGUCUUUGAGGGGCUAUGUGGCGUAGUGAAGCAUGGGAUGAACCGGUCAGAUGGCUCCUCUGCAGAACGCUGUAUCCUUGCUUAUCUCUAUGAUCUGUACACCUCCUGUAGCCAUUUAAAGAGCAAAUUUGGGGAGCUCUUCAGUGACUUUUGCUCAAAGGUGAAGAAUACUAUCUACUGCAAUGUGGAGCCAUCGGAAUCAAACAUGCGCUGGGCACCUGAGUUCAUGAUUGACACUCUGGAGAACCCUGCAGCUCACACCUUCACCUACACAGGGCUAGGCAAGAGUCUUAGUGAGAACCCUGCUAACCGCUACAGCUUUGUCUGCAAUGCCCUUAUGCACGUCUGUGUGGGGCACCAUGAUCCCGAUAGGGUGAAUGACAUUGCAAUCCUGUGUGCAGAACUGACCGGCUACUGCAAGUCACUGAGUGCAGAAUGGCUUGGAGUACUUAAGGCCUUGUGCUGUUCCUCUAACAAUGGCACUUGUGGUUUCAACGACCUCCUCUGCAAUGUAGAUGUCAGUGACCUGUCUUUUCAUGACUCCCUGGCCACUUUUGUUGCCAUCCUCAUUGCUCGGCAGUGUUUGCUCCUAGAAGAUCUGAUUCGCUGUGCUGCCAUCCCUUCACUCCUUAAUGCUGCUUGUAGUGAACAGGACUCUGAGCCUGGGGCCCGGCUUACCUGCCGCAUCCUCCUCCACCUUUUCAAAACACCACAACUCAAUCCUUGCCAGUCUGAUGGAAACAAGCCUACAGUAGGAAUCCGCUCCUCCUGUGACCGCCACCUGCUGGCUGCCUCCCAGAACCGCAUCGUGGAUGGAGCUGUGUUUGCUGUUCUCAAGGCUGUGUUUGUACUUGGGGAUGCAGAACUGAAGGGUUCGGGCUUCACUGUGACAGGAGGAACAGAAGAACUUCCAGAGGAGGAGGGAGGAGGUAGCAGUGGCGGUCGAAGGCAGGGUGGCCGCAACAUCUCUGUGGAGACAGCCAGUCUGGAUGUCUAUGCCAAGUACGUGCUGCGCAGCAUCUGCCAACAGGAAUGGGUAGGAGAACGUUGCCUUAAGUCUCUGUGUGAGGACAGCAAUGACCUACAAGAUCCAGUGUUGAGUAGUGCCCAGGCCCAGCGCCUCAUGCAGCUUAUCUGCUAUCCACAUCGACUGCUGGACAAUGAGGAUGGGGAAAACCCCCAGCGACAACGCAUUAAGCGUAUUCUUCAGAACUUGGACCAGUGGACCAUGCGCCAAUCUUCCUUGGAAUUGCAGCUCAUGAUCAAGCAGACCCCUAACAAUGAGAUGAACUCCCUCUUAGAGAACAUUGCCAAGGCCACAAUUGAGGUUUUCCAACAGUCAGCAGAGACAGGGUCAUCUUCUGGAAACGCUGCAAGCAACAUGCCCAGCAGCAACAAGACCAAGCCUGUGCUCAGCUCGCUAGAGCGCUCCGGUGUAUGGCUAGUGGCCCCUCUCAUUGCUAAACUGCCCACCUCAGUCCAGGGACAUGUAUUAAAGGCUGCUGGGGAGGAAUUGGAGAAGGGUCAGCACCUGGGUUCCUCUUCCCGCAAAGAACGGGAUCGACAAAAGCAGAAGAGUAUGUCACUGUUGAGCCAGCAGCCCUUCUUAUCCCUGGUGCUGACAUGUCUGAAAGGGCAGGAUGAGCAACGUGAGGGACUCCUUACCUCCCUCUACAGCCAGGUGCACCAGAUUGUGAAUAAUUGGCGAGAUGACCAGUACUUAGAUGAUUGUAAACCAAAGCAGCUCAUGCAUGAGGCACUCAAACUGCGGCUCAACCUGGUGAGAGGGCAAAAAGAAUUGGGGGAGCGCCAGUCGGACAGUCUGGAAAAGGUUCGCCAGCUGCUGCCACUGCCUAAGCAGACCCGAGAUGUCAUCACAUGUGAGCCACAGGGCUCCCUCAUCGACACCAAGGGCAACAAGAUUGCUGGCUUCGAUUCUAUCUUCAAGAAGGAGGGUUUACAGGUUUCCACAAAACAAAAGAUCUCUCCCUGGGAUCUUUUUGAGGGGUUGAAGCCAUCAGCACCACUUUCUUGGGGUUGGUUUGGAACAGUCCGGGUUGACCGACGAGUGGCUCGAGGAGAGGAACAGCAGCGGUUGCUGCUCUACCACACACACCUGAGACCCCGGCCCCGUGCCUAUUACCUGGAGCCACUGCCACUACCACCAGAAGAUGAGGAGCCCCCUGCUCCCACACUGCUAGAGCCUGAGAAAAAGGCUCCAGAGCCCCCUAAAACAGAUAAACCUGGGGCUGUUCCUCCUAGUACUGAGGAGCGCAAGAAGAAGUCCACUAAGGGCAAGAAGCGCAGCCAGCCAGCCACCAAAACAGAGGAUUAUGGAAUGGGCCCAGGUCGGAGUGGUCCCUAUGGUGUGACAGUGCCUCCGGACCUCCUGCACCAUACAAACCCUAGUUCUAUAUCCCACAUUAGCUAUAGACAGAGCUCCAUAAGCCUGUACACCCAGAACCAGCCCCUACCUGCAGGUGGCCCUCGUGUGGACCCAUACCGCCCUGUGCGAUUACCAAUGCAGAAGCUGCCAACCCGACCAACUUACCCUGGAGUGCUACCCACAACUAUGACUGGUGUCAUGGGCCUAGAACCUUCCUCUUAUAAGACCUCUGUGUACCGGCAGCAGCAACCUGCAGUGCCCCAAGGACAGCGCCUUCGCCAACAGCUCCAGCAGAGUCAGGGGAUGUUGGGGCAGUCAUCUGUCCAUCAGAUUACUCCCAGCUCUUCCUAUGGUCUGCAGACCUCCCAGGGCUAUACUCCUUAUGUUUCUCAUGUGGGAUUGCAGCAACACACAGGCCCUGCAGGUACCAUGGUGCCCCCCAGCUACUCCAGCCAGCCUUAUCAGAGCACCCACCCUUCUACCAAUCCUACUCUUGUAGAUCCUACCCGCCACCUGCAACAGCGGCCCAGUGGCUAUGUGCACCAGCAGGCCCCAGCCUAUGGACAUGGACUAACCUCCACUCAAAGGUUUUCACACCAGACACUGCAGCAGACACCAAUGAUAAGUACCAUGACUCCACUGAGUGCCCAGGGUGUCCAAGCAGGUGUCCGCUCAACUUCUAUCCUACCUGAGCAACAGCAGCAGCAGCAACAACAACAGCAGCAACAACAGCAGCAGCAGCAACAACAACAGCAGCAACAGCAGCAGUACCACAUCCGGCAACAGCAACAACAGCAGAUGCUGAGGCAGCAACAGCAGCAGCAGCAGCAACAACAGCAGCAGCAGCAGCAACAGCAGCAGCAACAACAGCAACAACAGCACCAGCAGCAACAGCAACAACAGGCGGCUCCUCCCCAGCCCCAACCCCAGUCUCAGCCCCAGUUCCAGCGCCAGGGGCUUCAGCAGACCCAGCAGCAGCAACAGACAGCAGCUUUGGUCCGGCAGCUCCAACAACAGCUUUCCAAUACCCAGCCACAGCCCAGUACCAACAUAUUUGGACGCUACUGAGCCACUUGGAGGAACUGCUUGUGCACUGGAUAUGGCGCCAACCUUUCCUCUUAAUUCCCAAUCCCCUUCCCAGGCCAGCACCAGUAAUGGUUGGGGCUCUUGCCUCAGGCUCCAUUUUUAAUAAGUUUUUAGUAUUUUUGUUAAUGUGAGGCAUUGAGCUGUUGGGUUUUGUAUAUUAUUUAUAUAGAGAGCCCAGAGCUGUUGCAUCCAAUACACAGAGCUUCUUUGCAAAGGGA